GCCGACCUGCGAGCAUCGCGCAGCCACCCUCCCUUAGCGGAUUCCUCGUUUCCUCCGGUUUCGCUCGCUAUCGCGCUCCGAGGGGUUCGAAGGCCGGUCACGUGUCCCCCCUUUUGCACGCUCGAACGCGAGUGCAACCAUGCAAGUGCGAGCACCCUCGUACAGAUUCGUCAUAUAGCCUAGAUGAGCCGCGACUAAUUGUCGUUUUGGCAUUUUUUUUUAAAAAGAGACACGGCUGCCCUUUUUGUAAAUUGAUAAUUUUUCACGCGCGGCAAAUAUGACGCUCGAUCGUUGGAUCUGUCGUAGAGAUCUCGCGUGCGACGAUACACUGUCCUGAUACGCGAAUCACCGGUGAAUGUUUAUUAAAAUCGUACAAGAUAUUGAAUGAAAUCUGACACAAUAAUCGCCGAUUAUGAAGUCCAAAUCGUUUGAGGAAGGUGAUAAUAAGCGCGACGCUAGUAAAACUUGUCAGCGUAGAGCAUGAAAUUUGUUGUAUCUAUUAAUUUAUCCUAAGUGGCACCGAAUAAAACGCCGAUUUGAGUGAAAUGUGAGGUAAAACGAUGGAGCUGAGGAUCAGUAUUCUUCUUUUAACGCUUCUUCGCCUCGCCAGCGCGCUCGAAAGUACGAAGGAAGAGGAUGACGCGGAGGACGAUGACGAGGAGAGUUAUCCUGUCGAAGAUUAUGAUUACGGUGACUACGAGACCGCGACUAUAACGAGCGAUACCGAUCUCAUCGCCGGCGGUUCCCUGCCGAUUUUCCUGGCGGAGCCCGUCGACACGUUUGUCGUGAAAGGGAAACCGGCGACGUUGCAUUGUCGAGCCGCGCACGCUCUUCAGGUGUAUUUUCGCUGCAACGGCGACCGGGCCGAGCGUUCGCAGCAGCAGGAUUUCGUCGACCCUCGUACGGGAACGAGGGUCGUCGAGGUCGAGUUGAACGUGACGAGGAACGAGGUCGAGGAGUACUUCGGGAAAGAGAGAUUCAAGUGCGAGUGCGUGGCAUGGUCGGGACCAGGUCAAAUUCGAGGGCAGCCCGCUACGGUUGAGGUCGCCUAUCUGAAGAAGCACUUCCUGUCGCCGCCGUACUCGCUGUCGGUGGAGAUCGGCCGUAACGCGGAGUUGCGAUGUUCGCCACCUUUGGGCGUACCGACGCCGAAGGUCUCUUGGUUGAGGAACGGCUCGCCUCUCGAGACGACGGCCGCCGGCGCAGCUUCCGCUCCCUCAGACGCGGAUCCCAACGAAGCAUCCGCAUCCGGUUUCGUGCAAUCCGCCGACGGACAUUUGCUCCUGGGAGAGGCCGAAUUGAGGCAUCAAGGCAACUAUUCGUGCGUCGCCGAGAACCUCGCCGCGAGGAGAGUCAGCGAACCGGCGGUGCUCACGAUUUACGUGAACGGCGGGUGGUCGUCCUGGUCCGGGUGGUCAGAGUGCAGCGUUCGCUGCGGUAGAGGCGUACAAAAGAGGACAAGAACAUGUACAAAUCCUGUUCCAAUCAACGGCGGUCAAACGUGCCCAGGGCCAGCCACACAAAGGGUAGAAUGCAAUCCUUCCUGCCCUGCGGUUGAUGGCAGAUGGUCAACUUGGUCCUCGUGGUCCGCAUGCGGUCCUGAUUGUUCGAGGGUAAGAAGGAGAUCCUGCAACGAUCCCCCGCCGAGCAAUGGCGGUCGUUCCUGUCAAGGCAAGGACGUCAUCGUCGAGUCCUGCUCCACGGAUCGAUGUAAUGCGCUCGGACAAGAUGGUCCAAGAGUAUUUAAAGAAGCGACUAGAGCAGUAGAUUACAGAAACAUUCUCGCGCUGUGGAUCACUUUAAGCUUAGCCGCGAUAAUUUUGGCCGUAACGACAAUUUUCUUCGUUCGUCUAAUGCGCCGAAAAGAAAGAAUGGAGGCUUUGUACGGCGUUGCGAGAUUAGACUUUCGUCGUCCGGAUGAUCUCGCAAAAUCAGUCGUUUCUAAGAACGAACGCUCCGUCUUGGCUAGCGAUAGGCGUCUCGAACAUGUAAUCGACGAAUCGAGCGCCGUCAGAUUACCCAGAUCCUGUUCCGAGCAUCAUUAUGACGUUCCGCAAUUGUCAUUACCGUCAACAACGAGACCAUCCCCGAGCUCCUCCGUAACUAGGUCUUCUUGCAAGAAUUCGCAACGAGGACGCGGCAUGUCGGAUAAUGAGGAGGGACGAUCUUCUCGCUCGACAUAUCAAGCGAAUCCAGAAAGCACGAACGAAGACGAUGACGAACAGGACGAUGAUGAAAGACCGGACGAGAACGAGCGAUCCGCGCCGGAUGACAAUAGUGGCUUUAUCGUGAAAGCCGUAAUCGACGAGCAAGGUGCUCUCCUGGUCGUACCCGAAGUAGGCGUUUCGAUGUCUGUGCCGGAAGGUGCGAUUCCGCGCGGUCGUCGACACAGUCUGCACCUCGCGGUUCUGGGAGAAAAUGCCUUCAGACCGAAUCUUCCACCUGGACUCACGUUGCUGUCCGCCGUGGUGGCCUGCGGACCCGCGGGUAUCGAUCUGGUGAAACCUGUGAUCCUACAGUUCGAGCACUGCGCCGAAUUGAGAACGGGAAACUGGGAGCUGAGUCUGUGGUCCGCGGAGAUCGAUCUGGAGACCCGUUCGAACAAUUCCACGAGCUCAUCGAUGAGCUCGGGCGGUUCAACGUCCGUGACAGCCUGGCGCAAGGUGCUGAUGCUCGGCGGCGAUCCAACGAAUAUGCCUGGUCAACCAUUCGCGCAACUCGAUCAUGGUGGUGUGUUCCUCGUCACGGAAACACCCAGUGUUUACGCAGUCGCCGGAGAAAACUCGGUGGUCGCGCCUGGAUUGGCCGUGAAGAGGCUUUGCAUAGCGGUUUUCCUAUCUCGCGAACGCGAUCACGUCAGAUGCCGAGUGCUCGAGGACACGAAAGCGUCAUUCAAGCUCGUAAGCGAACAGGAACGUCGUUUAGGCAGCACUCACAUUGAUCAUGGUACUCUCGGAUUUCGUGCAAGCGGCACCUCGCUUCGUAUCGAUCUCGAAGACAGAGAGAGCGGUUUUGCCGAGCGACUGGAAGUACCUUACCGGCGCAUUUGGUCAUCCUCGAGGAUCAGUAUUCGACGUACUUUUAGAAUAGAAAAAGUCGCCGGCGACCUUAGGCUCGGCUUCGAGUUUCGCGCUUGUCAACGUGGUUUCGAGGAUCAAUGCUUGCUUCUUAGGAUCGAUCUCGAUCUUGUAAAAAGGAAUAACAUGAGCGGGAAGAGAAAUGCCAAUAAGGAAUCCUCGAUUGUUUUACGGACAAAAAAUUCGGCAAGAUCGACAGAAUCCGUUGUACCGAGACCAUUCAGAUUUUCUAAGACGCUUAGAAAGCAAUUAUGUCAGUGUCUGGAUCCGCCAAGCGCACGCGGAAAUGAUUGGCGAAUGUUGGCUCAAAGACUGCAAGUAGAUCGAUACGUCGACUAUUUUGCGACGAAGGCGAGUCCAACGGAACAUAUUUUGGACUUAUGGGAAGCCAGACAUCGCGAAACUACGGCUCUAGCAGAUUUAUUAAACCAUUUAAGACUGAUGGGACGCGUUGACGCAGCUAACGUACUCGAGAGUCGUCUGGGGCCAUGGAUCUAAGAGAUUACAAAAAGAACUUACACUGCCACAAAUAAACGAUACGUAAAUUUAUAUAACACGAGAGACAAAAGUUUUGUAAAUAGAAUAGUCAUUAUACAAUAUUAAAAAAAAAAACAAGUGGACGUAGAACUAUGUUGUAUAAACAUUGACCAUAUUUGUACAUAAAAGUCGUUUAUAACAAAUA